UUCACGCUCCCUGAUCCGCUCUCAUGCUCUUUAGAUUAUUAACUUCCUGAGCAACACAAACCAGUUCUACAACUUUCUGUCUGCCAGUCUCAUCCAAAGCUCACAGAUGAUAGAGAGACAACAAGCAGGAGAGACAGCUGAUCACUAUAUUUGAGUCAGUGUACUUGGAUGAAAGGAUGGUGAGCCAGUAUCUGCCUGAAUGAAAGUAUCUAGCAAAAAAUAAUAAUUGGCAUGGCAAUUGCAGUAAACAACAUGAAUCUCCAUUAAUUUUCUUUCAGGCAUUUGUCUGUGUUAAGCCCUUUAUUACCACUUUUCCCUGCCAAUGUUCAUUUUUACAUGUUUCCUGUGGUUUACUGUAAUUAUAAGGCUGUGUUUUUCCCUGUGCCUCCAUGAUGCUGUACAAAGAGACACCCAAGUGGUGUCCCCCCAAGAUGCCUCUACCAACGUUAGAAGGAUAGUUAGCCGUGCCGCAACAUGGGCACCUCACUUGCCACUUCGGGUGACUCCCUGGUAUUUACCAGGUGAAAGUGCCCUUCUUACCCUACUACAAAUAUCCCAACUGCAGACAGCCAUGAAAGAAGUCACCAAGACCAUCGGCAGUAUGUUAUCAGUUCGUAGACGGGAAGGACCAUUACUCCUGAAUCGUGAUAUGAAUAGAUAUUGUCGUUCUGUCUGGGGUGAUCCCUCGCUUCCCAAUUAUAAAAGGUGUGGAUCUCGAGACAGCUCUUACCAUGGAGAAAGAUGUCUAGAUAUCUUGAUACCUGAAUCCCACCUCUAUGGAUAUAAAGUGUGGCCAAUGAAUGGGACAGAGCCAAUUUAUAAAAUACCAGAUGGUUCUGGUGUUUCUGAUACAGAUUUCUUGCUGUAUGUGAGGGUGGCCCAGACAGAAAAAUGUGCAUUAAAGCCCGUAGUUAUUGCUUAUGCAUCGUACUGUCAGCUGGACCACAUAGGUCGUCCGAUUGCUGGAAUCAUUGUGUUCUGUCCAAAGCGCCUUCGAGAGGGAGUAUUCCAGCAUCAUCACAUUGUACAGGUAUCUCUGCAUGAGAUCCUUCAUGCUCUGGGAUUCUCCAGCAGCCUCUUCGAGAAAUGGAUAGACUGCAGUUUUUCACAAUAUGGAGAUGUGUGCUCGUCACGAUCCCGUGUGACAAAUACAGAUGAAAAUGGUCAACUCCGCAUUUAUACUCCAACUGUAAUGCAAAGAAUGGGGGAACACCUAGGUGUAGGAAGCACUGGGGCACCCCUUGAGAAUCAGGAAAAAUCAACUUCCUCCCAUUGGGAGUCAAGAAUCAUGCAGGGAUCAAUCUUGACAGCCUCUAUCAACCCUCCUCACCUUACGUUCUUGGACCCCAUCACACUGGCAGCCUUCCAAGAUAUGGGAUGGUAUGAGGUGAAUUCAAGCAUCAGCUAUAAGCUAGCGUGGGGAAAAGGUGCUGGGAAUUCGUUUGGCCUUCCUCUCACUUGCCACAAAACAUCCGAAUUUUUCUGCACAAAUAAGAGUGACAUUGGCUGCCACCAUUUGCAUCUGGAUAAGGGAAACUGCUCCACUGACACGUUCCUGGAUGGAUGUUACAUUUAUAAGCCACUCCCACACGGAGGUGAAUGCUGGCUGGAGAAUGACAAUAAGGGAUCAGAAGAAAUUUACCAUCAUCAGAGUCGUUGCUUCUAUUCAAACCUCACAAAGUUUCCAGAGACACUGAAGAAAGAAAAGGUGAAAGGUCGUUGUUAUCUUCAUCGUUGCUUUGGUCCAAACACAUUUCAAGUCCAGGUUCAAGGAUCAGAAUGGAUAGACUGCCCCGCUGGAGAAUGGAUCAAUGUGGCAGGUUUUGAUGGCGCGCUAUUGUGCCCAGAUGGACGACUGUGCUUGGGGCUUGAAAGCCCACUCCUCCCAACCUCUACUUCUACCGCCACCCCAACCUUUAGCAUACCUAAGCCUGUAACACAUCAGGAUAUGACCGUGCAAGUGACACUUGUGCAUGGCCUUAAAUGGACGUCUGAAAAGAAAAUACUUCUAAUAGAAGAAGUCCUUGGAGUUAUUGCACACCAUGCAGGAGUGCAAAGGUGCUUAUUGCACAUAUCCACAGUGCCAAAUAAGGACUUGACAUUUACUAUUAAACCUGAAGAUCCCAGUAAUUGCCCUCCACCUGCUCCAGAAACUCCACUUCAUCAACUUCUGAUGAACCUCACAGAUCCGAUCACAUAUGAAUCUCCUCAGUUUUCUCAUGUCCUCAUCAGGUUGCUGGCCUCUGACUCCCAUCAUUACCCGGUGAAUCAAGAUGCUAUUAUAGGAAGCUGUGCCCUUUUCUGUGUAUUGCUGAUGAUCUCCCUCCUCUGGUGCAGACACAGGGUACGGACUCGGAGUAUGCAAGUGAGGGAUAUUUAUAACGUUGAAGACAAAAAUCUACAAGGUGAGCAUGUGCCAGCUAUCGUCUGAAAGAGGAAAACAGCUGACUUGUGCAUAAGACUCACAAGAUACAUCAAAGGCUUUGCUUCAACAUUAAAAUGAGGACACCAGAAUUUCUAAGAUUAAAUAUUUGUUACAAUUUUUUUUUAUCACGUGAGCUAUCAAGAUGAAAACGUCAGCCUCCUCUAAUGUUUUUGAAGCGUUUGUGUAGCUAAAACAUUUUUCUAGUUUUUAAUACAGUAGGAAAGUAUUACAAUCCCUAUCAGCUGAU